AUUUAGCGAUUUCAUUAACCUAAAAACCAUUUCGGUGAAAUGCCUGGCAAGCUUUGUUAGUUGUUUUUUUUUUUGCUAGUAUAAAAGUGGACAGAGUUGUUAGCAGGUUAGCUGCUAGCUUGGUAACGGAGGAACUACACGGCCUGGAGUUUUGUCUAGCCUUGCAACAUUAUGAAUUCGGUUGCUACACAAGAAUAUUAAUCGGUAAUGAUGUUGAUCGGUAAUCGAUCUGUUUGUAAUCUGGAUGCUGCUGUGUAACUCCUUGUUAGCUUGUUGGAGCUUUAACUUGUGUGUUUUAGCUCGGUUAGAAUUCCAGGCCCGAGCUCAGUUAAAGCAUGACAAAAAUGAGCGAAUUUAUUUUCCAAUCAGAUUCUUGUCAGUCUUCUUGUUGUUUUUAGUUGAUAAAACCGAUAAAGAAAGUCGCAUUCAGUGCUGACAUGUCGUGUCUGAAAUCAGGCCUGAUUUUUUUUCCCCCCUUUGUAAACAUGUACAGGCCAGACAGAGUGAGAGACAUUUUGUGAAGGACAUUCACUGACCCUGCGAAUGUAUAAAAAUAAUAAUAUAAGCAAGCAGAUUGUUUAAGGACCAGAAAUCUCCGCUGUGUUAUAUUCAUGUUAAAUGCAUGUUGGUGGUGUUGAUGGCUUUUACGUGUUUGUUGAUCGUCAGCCAGUUUGCAGUGUCGAGUAGCAUGAGGUGUAAUUUGUGUUUAAACACAAGAUGGACUGGGUGAACUUUUGUUUUUCCUGCGUUGCUUUUUCACACGAAUGUGUGUGAAUGAUUCAGGCCAUGCUUGCAGGGGGAAGUAUCUACUGCACGCUCAAAAUGUCGCCAGAGCUCUACGUCACACCCUACUUUGCAUAUUCAUUAAUAAUCGUGAUUAUUUGCAUAUCAAAAACAUGUUACAUGAGGAUUUUCUGAACGAGCUUAGAAGUGAAUUUGUCUUGAAACAGAAAUGUUGAAAUGAGGCACCGUGAACACGUUGACACUGGAGACUCCUUCCGUUCAUGAAAACUUCAUCAGCUGUUCUGUUUUUCUUAAACCACUCAAUUUUUAAUCUGUUCAUAAGAAACUGUUACUAUAGAAAUGUUACUGUAUUACUCACAAAUAUUAACCUGUGAUAUGCAGCUGUGCUACUGUCAGAGCUGCUGCUGUUGUAAAAUUAAUCAACACUUCUGACCAAUCAUGUUAGAGAACUCAACAGCAGUGGGGUAUAAUGGAAUAGAAUUUAUUGCUUAUAGAAAGGAGUGCUUUUUGGUCAUGAAACUGCAAAAAAAAAAAAAAAAAAAAAAAAUCGUGGUAGUCAGUAUUUGGAAAAUAUACAUUAAGGAAAUGGUUACAGAUGCAGUAACUCCUGUUUUAUUACUGUAAAUAUCACCAAGAAGGGAGGUGUGCGGGUGGAAUAGAUAAUGAUCAGUAAUCAGUUGGCAGGAACAAUAGCGACCGUUGAUUGAGUUCUGGGAAUAAUGCUGAUUUGGGCAUUGGGAGCGAUGACAGUCGGUAAUCAGUGUGUUUGGAGCAUUGGUGGUCAGUGAUAUCCAAAAAGUCUCUAGACUUGUGUCUAGGUUUCUUUUAAUAAGUAAUAAAGUUGUGACCAAGUCUAAUGACUGUCAUGGGUACAUUGCAUGUUUUUCCACAUCUUUUACUGCAUCAAACUUUUCUUUAAAGUAAUCAGGAUUGCAUUUAGACUAUUGUCAAUUCUGUUGCUGUGUUGCUUGGAGCUGAGGUGGUUUUAAACUUACAAAAUGGCAGAUGGGACUAUGGAAAAAAAACUAAAGAAUUCCUCAAAGUGAAGUGGUCAGCGUUUGUUUUGGAAGCUGUGAAUUGAAAACUUGGUGCAGAAGUUGAACCUUCUGGAGCAGGAGUGCUAUUUUGAUAGGACUGUAGAGGGGUAUUUAUAGAGCAGCUGAUGAUGGGGUAGUUGUCGUUAACAAAGGGGAAAAUAACCUGUGAAGGUGUUAUGAUCCUAAGCAUGUGGGGUUUUUUUUUUUUUUUGCAAAAAAUGUUUAAAAUCUUCCUGUGUUUAUUCGUUGUAAAGAGUAAUGUCGGAGAAUGUUGGUGACAAGAUCUUGAAAAGAGGUGUGGUGUUCUUAUUGCAGUGUGCAUCCUAUUGAUAAUGAGUCAUGAGUGCGAAAUGGCUGUAAAAUGAAGUUUAGCGAGAUUUUAUUGUGUGCGAAAGAUUUGGUGGCACUUUCUAAGGAAAAUUUCACCCUAGAAAAGAACAAGAGCUUCAUUGUAUUAAUGAGACGUACAAUGUAGCUGGAGGCCAAAUCCCAGAAUGCAGUGCAGCUGCAUGAUGAUGCAUGAUUAUAUUAGUAGGAAAAGUGAUGGUGUGAAAGCUGAUGUUUGACCAGAGUGUACAGGUGAGGAGGCUGACUAAAGCGCUGCCGAAUCAUGUGCUUGCAUUAGUGCUCCUCAACCAUGGAUUCGAAGCCUCGCCGGCUGCCGUUCACGGUCUCAAGCUCCUCUUCUCUCUCUCCAUCGUCCUUCUCGUCCUCGGCUCUGAGUGCCGGCCGGCUCUAUGGCAGAGGGAGCGUGCUGGGGAGCGAGCGCUUCAGCAGGGGCGCCGUGGGAAAGCUAGACUCGGACUACCAGAGCCCUCGUAUCCCAGGAUCCAGCAGGGAUUAUAGCUUGUCUGAGAGCUGCAACUCCAGAUGGAAGAUGUCCAUGCCCCUCUCUUCCUCUUCCUCCACCCCGUCCUCCUCUUCAUCUACACCGUGGACGGAGUCCUCUUAUGGAGGAAGAAGCAAACCUACAAAUGUUGAGUCAGAGAGAGGAGUAGGUUCGUACUCCACUCUUCUCGGCUCAACUCAAGACGAUGAAUCCAAAAGAGCCAAGCUGUCUUACGCAAGUAGAUCGGCGUAUACCAGAACCCCGUCUACAUCUACACCCAGUAACACCUACUCAAACAUGGGUGGCAUUUCAGAUUCCUCGUGGUCUAAAUCCAGCUUUAGCCCUCUGUCCCGAUCCUCUUCAUCCUCUUGGUCAUCAGACGACGAUCUUUGGGCUCGCAGAGACGUGGAGAAGAGGACUGAUUCUGGCCUGUCUGGUCUGGGAGAGGCCAGCUACAGGCCCACGCCAUUGACCUCCUCACUGUAUCGCCCAGAGCGUGUGACAUCCACCUGCGCUCAGGGAGCUCGACCCAAAGAGAGCCUGUACUCCUCAUCUCGCAGGGAGAACAGCACCUCAUCCAGCCGCCGUCUUUCCUCUGACUUUGUCCCGUCCUCGCAAAGGCAGGUCUCUGACUACCAGCCCAGUCCCCGUCUCUCCCGAGAUUCAACGCGAAACUCCACCUAUGAGCCAUUGUCCCUCUCCUCCUGGAGCUUGCCCUAUUUCACACCCCUAUCCACACGCAGCUCUAGCUCGACUUAUCCUGAUCCGGUGCCAAACCCCACCUCUGAGGGCGGUGACUCUGAUGGCAGAAGCACGACCCGUCGGCUGUUGUCCCGCCUCUUUUCUAGGCGCUCCAGCCAGGAAUCGAGCUCCGCCUCUGGUUCCAAUUCAGCCUCGAGAUCUUUUGACUCUGGGCCUGAGGAGGCACCCCCAUGCGAGCCCCCACUUGCAGCCAGAGAACGGGAAAACUCUGAGACGGAGCUGAGGAGCUCCUGGCUCAACUGGAACCGCUGCAACCCGCUGUUCUCCCGCCGAAGGAGAGAGGGACGAGACGAGAGCGCCCGCAUGGACGUGCACUCGUCCACGCACAUCCCUCUCGGCAGCCCUGACGAUGGGAGUAAAUCUUCCACUCAGGAACAGGAAGCAGAGGAGGAGGAGGAGGAUGAGGAAGAUGAUGAAGUGUCUGUGGGAGCAACAGCCGCUCCUCCAACCAGAGCCUCGGGACUCUCCUCCCUCUUGCAGGAAGCUACACGUGUCCCCGGGCGGAGCCCUGGCAUCACCCGGGUGAUGACUGGUCCUCUGUUCCGCAUGCCCCAGAACGUGAUUAUAGGAAUGGAUGCAGCGGUGGCUGGACAGAAUCAGGCUGAGGCGCAAGGGAAAGAGAAACCUGCCCCUUCUAGAGAUCCGGAGAGACUUCGGAAGAUUCAGGAGAGCCUGCUGCUGGAGGACUCGGAUGAAGACGAAGGGGAUCUCUGCAGGAUCUGUCAGAUGGGAGAGACCUCCAGCUUGAACCCGCUCAUCGAGCCGUGCAGGUGUACAGGCAGCCUGCAAUACGUUCACCAGGACUGCAUCAAGAAGUGGCUCCGCUCCAAAAUCAGCUCUGGCUCAACCCUGGAAGCCAUCACUACCUGUGAGCUGUGCAAAGAGAAGCUGCACCUGAACAUUGAGAACUUUGACAUUAAUGAACUCUACAGGUCUCAUGAGAGGUCAGAGUACGAGUUCAUCAGCUGUGGCCUGUACCUAGUGGUUCUGCUGCAUCUGUGUGAGCAGAGGUUCUCCGACGUGCUGGGUGCCGUCAACGAAGCCGGGUUUUUCAACUUGGCGAGAACUCUUCACGAACACAUGGACAAUCUUGAAAACUCCUAUGCUGAAUCUGACGAAGAUGAUGGGCAGAACAGGCCGUCCAUCGACUUCGGUGACCUAGAGGAUGAAGAGGAGGAGUUUUAAUCGUAACCAGGAUCUGUCUCCUGUCGAGUGGCCGUGCAGCCACUUGACUGGGCCUAGCAACGGCACCAUUUAAAAAAUAAAUAAAUAAAUAAAUAAAAUAAAAAAAUACUGUCCGCAGCCCUAAAGGAGGGCUUUCACAAUAUGCAGGGGUGUGUUCACGCGUGUGUCUCACCUCCCCUUAGGAUUUUUGAUUGAGGAUUUACUUUUUUUUUUUCUUUUCUUUUCUUCUUUUCUUUCAGUUUUUAGGUUUUGCAUCUGAAAUUUGCAGAGCACAUUAUAAAGCUUUAUUGAGUGACUAAGUGAAGGACUUUAAGGCUUGUUUGCGUGCGAGCACACCAAACUGGGCUGCAGGUGGAGUGGCGGGCGAAGGUGGCUGAUGGUCAGCAAGGCAAAUCUAACCCUCUGUAGGUGUGUUUUAAGGUGAUCAAUUUGAAUUUAAUGUCAAAGCUGGUUGGGAAAAUAAAUGACCCGUUUUAAUUUCUGUGUUUAUUUUUUUCAUGUGAUAUGGAUUUGCUUUGAAGUGAGUUUCGAUCGAAGAGUAUGAGCGCAUGGUUGGCUGUUCCGUUGUCUGUCUAAUCGUUGCUUUUUAAACAAUGUAAUAUUUGUCCUGCUUACACACUUUUCUCGAUUAUUACAAUAAAUGUUUUUGAUGUACGGAAAUGCAUCACA